CCAUUCCUUCCCCUUUCACUAUAAACAGUAGUGUGAGAACGGGUUUAGGAAAAAGGAAGUCCGAGAACGGAGAAGGAGAACCGAGCCCUAGCGAGUGUUCGACUGUCCAAGUGACGAGUCUUCGAAGCCACCGGCCGCCCUCGCCUCCACCCCUUUCCUUCCGAAGACUGUUCAGACUUGCAGCACCGGCGCCGGAGGAGCAGCCCUGUGUCAUCUAUCUGGCAUCUCUAGCAUCUCCAGCAAGUGAUUCCAGAAAAUGUCUCGGAGGUAUGAUAGCCGUACGACGAUCUUCUCCCCGGAAGGUCGCCUCUACCAGGUGGAGUAUGCGAUAGAAGCUAUUGGAAAUGCAGGAACUGCUAUUGGGAUAUUAUCAAAAGAUGGAGUUGCCCUCGUUGGAGAAAAGAGGGUGACAUCUAAACUGCUCCAAACAUCCAAGUCCACUGAGAAGAUGUACAAGAUCGAUGAUCAUGUUGCCUGUGCUGUGGCUGGUAUAAUGUCUGAUGCCAACAUCUUAAUUAACACUGCCAGAGUCCAAGCCCAGCGCUACACUUAUGCUUACCAGGAACCAAUGCCAGUCGAACAGCUGGUUCAAUCUCUAUGUGAUACUAAGCAAGGCUAUACACAGUUUGGUGGGCUCCGUCCAUUUGGUGUCUCAUUUCUGUUUGCAGGCUGGGAUAAGAACUUUGGCUUCCAGCUCUAUAUGAGUGACCCUAGUGGCAAUUAUGCUGGUUGGAAGGCAGCUGCAAUUGGGGCGAACAAUCAGGCAGCCCAGUCAAUGCUUAAGCAGGAUUAUAAGGAAGACAUCACCAGGGAAGAAGCUGUUCAGCUUGCAUUGAAGGUGCUUAGUAAGACCAUGGACAGCACAAGCCUUACAUCAGAUAAGCUUGAACUAGCUGAGGUCUUUCUCUCCCCCUCUGGGAAGGUGAAGUACGAGGUUUGCUCACCAGAGUCCCUCGGUAAGUUGUUGGUGAAGUAUGGAGUGACCCAACCUGUUACUGAAGCUUCUUGAGUUUAUUCCCCUCUGUUACUGUAUUUUGAUAUGACUUGGCUCAGGACAUAUGUUGGGUUUAUCUUCAUGUGUUAAUUCGUGCCUCAUUGGGAUUGAAAAUCUGGAACCAAAUGUUUGAUGGUCCACGUUAUAGGUGGAACUUUGAGCAAAGUAGUUAUUUUUCUUA